CUGACAGUACGUUGACAGUUGACGUUAACCUUUCAACUGAUUUUCCCGCCAACCUAAUGUUUAGCAAACAGUGAAUUCGUGUCACAUUUUCUCAUUUUUUAUUUGAAAUUUCCCUGAUUUUUUUGUUUCCAUUUUCAAGAAUAAACUAUAACAAUGGAUGUAGCGGAUCUAAAUGCCGGCCAAAGGCAACACAGGGACGAAAUAGGUGUAAGGUGCCAAAAGCUUUUCCAAGAUUUCCUCGAAGAAUAUAAGGAAGAUGGGGAACUGAAAUAUUUAGAGCCAGCGCAAGAGCUCCAUAAUGAGGAAAGAAGCACUAUUGAAAUCAGCUUUGAAGAUGUGGAGAAGUAUAAUCAAAACCUGGCAACCACUAUUAUUGAGGAAUAUUAUAGAAUCUACCCCUUCCUGUGCCAAGCUGUAUCAAACUUUGUGAAAGAUAGAGCUGGACUCAAAAAAGAGAAGGAAUGUUACAUCAGUUUCAUGGAUGUUCCAACCAGACAUGUAGUGAGGGAACUAAAGACAGACAAGAUUGGCACAUUGGUCAGGAUUUCUGGCCAGGUGAUCAGAACCCAUCCUGUGCAUCCUGAAUUAGUAUCAGGUACCUUCACAUGCCUUGAGUGCCAGACUGUUAUCAAGAAUGUUGAGCAGCAGUUCAAGUUUACUCAACCAACAAUAUGCAGAAAUCCGGUAUGUAACAAUAGGAGGAGGUUUUUGCUGAACGUGGACAAAUCACAAUUUAUAGACUUCCAAAAAGUGCGAAUUCAGGAAACACAAGCAGAAUUGCCCAGAGGUUGUGUGCCAAGAAGUGUUGAAGUCAUCCUGCGGGCGGAAAACGUUGAAACUGUCCAGGCUGGAGACAGGUAUGACUUCACAGGCACCCUAAUUGUAGUGCCAGACGUGGGUGCUAUAGCAAUGCCAGGUGCAAAAGCAACCAUCAACUCUAGACAUCAGCGUCCUGACGAGGCUGAAGGUGUCAGAGGUCUAAAAGCUCUUGGUGUUCGUGAUAUGCACUACCGAAUGGCUUUCCUGGCAUGUAGCGUCCAACCUACAAUUCCAAAAUUCGGUGGUCUCGAAAUCGGCCCUGGAGACAUGACACCCGAUGAGAUGAAGAAGCAUAUGACGGACAGCGAGUGGAAGCACAUGUACGAAAUGUCGCACGAUAAGAAUCUCUACCAUAACAUGAUUGGCAGUUUGUUUCCCAGCAUACAUGGAAACGAGGAGGUAAAGAAGGGGAUUCUGCUGAUGUUGUUUGGUGGAGUAUCGAAGACAACAACAGAAGGAACAUCACUGCGUGGAGAUAUAAACUGCUGUAUUGUAGGCGAUCCCAGUACUGCAAAAAGCCAAUUUUUGAAACAAGUUUCAGAGUUUUCACCAAGAGCCGUUUAUACUUCAGGGAAGGCUUCAUCAGCUGCUGGCUUGACAGCUGCAGUUGUAAGAGAUGAAGAAACCUCCGACUUUGUUAUAGAAGCUGGAGCACUCAUGUUAGCAGACAAUGGAGUUUGCUGUAUCGACGAAUUUGAUAAAAUGGACCAACGUGAUCAGGUAGCAAUCCACGAAGCCAUGGAACAACAGACAAUUUCGAUAGCUAAGGCUGGUGUGAGAGCCACGCUAAAUGCCAGAACUUCAAUCCUGGCCGCAGCCAAUCCCAUUGGUGGUCGAUAUGACAGGGCUAAGUCGCUACAGCAGAACAUACAACUGUCGGCUCCUAUCAUGUCCAGAUUCGAUUUGUUCUUCAUAUUGGUGGAUGAGUGUAACGAAGUUACUGAUUAUGCAAUUGCCAGAAAAAUUGUAGAUCUGCAUUGCAACAUAGAGGAGAACAUAGAAAAGGUAUACUCAAAGCAAGAAGUGCUGCAAUACAUCUCGUUUGCGCGAAAAUUCAAGCCCGUGAUCAGCAGAGAGGCGGGUGAGCUUUUGGUAUUGUACUACAACAGGCUGAGGCUUCGCGAUAGUACCAGUACUGGAAAAGCUACUUGGCGAAUUACUGUUAGACAACUGGAAAGCAUGAUCCGGCUCUCUGAAGCAAUGGCAAGGAUGGACAUUUCAGACGAGGUACAGCCGAAACAUGUUCGUGAAGCAUAUCGGUUGUUGAACAAGUCCAUCAUCAGGGUCGAACAGCCGGAUAUUCAGCUCGCAGACGAUGAUGGAAACGAACAGGUUGGAAUAUUUAUUUAUCAGCGAUCAUACAUGACCCAAGAUACCACAUCAACCCCUGAUGAGCCCAUGCAACAAGAUUCCGAACAAUUACAACCUCAAGUACAAAAGAAGAAAAUGGUACUCAGUUUCGAGGAAUACAAACAGAUCAGCAACAUGAUCAUCAUUCACAUGAGAAGAGAAGAAACAAGGCUUGAAACAGAAGGUAAAGAAGGAGUACACAGGAGCGAUGUGGUUGAAUGGUACCUCAACCAUAUUGCUGACCAAAUCGAAACGGAAGAAGAAUUAAUCGAGAAAAAAGAAAUGUUCGAAAAAGUCUUGGACAGAUUAAUCCAUACUGACGAGGUUAUCAUUGAGUUGACCAGAUCGGGACUGAAAGGUCACGAGGUUGUAGAGGAAGAUCCGCUGUUAGUCGUCCAUCCAAACUACGUUAUAGAUCCAUGAUCUUUUUUUAAGUUAUUUGUACUUUUGUAUUUGCCAUGCAUCGAAUAUAUUUUUAUUCCAACAAUGUAUUUCAAUGAACCAAAAAAGGGCAAGAUUUUAGAUAAAUAAAUACUUAAAUAGAC